CAGAUUAUCUUUCCACUUUUAUUUUGAUCUAACUUUGAAUUCCGCCUCUCCAUGUUUGAAUACAUCACAUCUCUCUCUCCUCUUUAUUUUCAUCAUCGUCACUUCUGGAUUUAGUGGAUCUGCUGAGCUGUUACUGUGAGUCUUGUUGCUUCGUCCCUACGUUCCCCUGUAUUCUUGGAUUUGAUUCAUCUCCUCUGCUUCUUAAGGCUAUGUGGGUAUCGAUCUAAGUUUACUAGGAUAUAUGUAAGACACUGGCUUUGGGGUGUAUACUACUUCUCUUGCUAAGUAUGAAGCGUGAGAUGAAAGCCCCCAAUGUUACAGAAGGAAACCUGCAAGGGAAACAUGGGAGGAUGAGUGGCCCUGCAAGACGAUCCACUAAAGGACAGUGGACUCCCGAAGAGGACGAGGUCUUACGCAAAGCUGUCGAGCGUUUUCAAGGAAAGAACUGGAAGAAGAUAGCUGAAUGUGUUAAGGAUCGGACUGAUGUCCAGUGUCUUCAUAGAUGGCAAAAGGUCUUGAACCCAGAGCUUGUGAAAGGGCCUUGGUCCAAAGAGGAGGAUAACACAAUAAUCGCUCUGGUAGAAAAAUAUGGGCCAUCGAAAUGGUCUACUAUUUCUCAGCAUUUACCUGGCCGCAUAGGGAAACAAUGUAGGGAAAGGUGGCAUAACCAUCUUAACCCUGGCAUUAAUAAAAAUGCAUGGACUCAGGAAGAGGAACUGACUCUUAUUCGUGCACAUCAAAUUUAUGGGAACAAAUGGGCAGAGCUAAUGAAAUUUUUGCCAGGAAGGUCAGACAAUGCGAUAAAAAAUCACUGGAACAGCGCAGUGAAGAAGAAGUUGGAUUCCUACUACGCAUCAGGUCUUUUAGAUCAGUGUCAAAGCUCGCCACUCAUUCCCCUUCAGAACAGAUCCAUAGCUUCAUCUUCCUCCUUGAUGCACCGCAGUGGGGAUGAGAGUAGUUUUAGGCAAGGAGCUGAUGCUGAAGAAUCAGAAUGCAGUCAAGCUUCAACUGUUUUCAGUCGUUCACAGUCGAACAAUGAUUUACUAGACGAGGUUAAACCUGCAAAUGAAGAACUAUUCUACAUUCCGGAAUUGCCUUCAGGAUUGGAGCACCAAAUCUCAAACUCUCCGUCUCAUGCAGAAUCUUACUGCCCUUCCUUCGAAGAUGUUGAAAUCGUUGUCCCUGAAAUUUCGUGUGAAGCAGAAUCCUCAAAGAUGUACGAGAAGCUUAGCUGUUCAAACGAGGUUAGAACCACCACAGCUACAGAGGAUCACUUGCAGAGCGUGUCUAACAAUGCGAAACAGGACCUCGAUCUAGACUGUCCUCAGUUAUUGGCUCAUAACAUGGACAGAGAUGAAAAAAAUGACCAACCUUCUUUGCCAGACUCGGAAACAGGUAUUCAUCCACAACCUCAAACUUUGACUACGGACGUGGAGUGCUGUAGGGUUCUUUUCCCAUAUGCUAUGAAAGGUAGCUGUGCAUCUUCUAGUGAGCAAGGACAGAACUCUAAAAACGGCAAAGGAGAAACCCAUGCUCAUGAUACUGGAAAAAUUCCCGCUUUAUCUUGGCAUCAUUCAAAUCCUGAGGGUCUUGAUGGUGUUCCUUUGUUAUAUUCAGCUGAGAAGGACUCAGUUUUACUCCAUAAUGAUUCUAUUCAAGGUUGUGAUCUCCUUGGAGCUCCUGCAUUAGAACGUGAAACUGAUGAUACAAAUGAUGGACAUGUAACUUCCCAUGGCAAUGAUGGUAUCCUGGAACAACAAGAGCUGUCAUAUAUUACCAAGGAUUCUUUGAAGCUUGCACCUCUGAAUAAUUUUUCUUCUCCUUCUAGAGUGAAUAAGAUUUAUUUUCCUAUUGACGACAAGCCAGCUGAAAAGGAGAAAGGAUCUCUUUGUUAUGAGCCUCCACGGUUUCCAAGUGCAGAUAUUCCUUUCUUCAGCUGUGAUCUUGUACCACCAAAUAGUGACUUAAGGCAAGAGUACAGUCCCUUUGGUAUCCGCCAGUUGAUGAAUUGUACAUCAACUCCGUUAAGGUUAUGGGAUUCACCGUGUCGUCAUGAUAAGAGCCCUGAUGUCAUUCUUAAAGAUGCUGCCAAAAGUUUCAGUGGUGCACCAUCCAUCUUAAAGAAGCGGCAUCGGGAGUUGUUGUCUGAAUGUCCUGACAAUAAAAGUAAAUGUGCCUCCUCUUCCGAAGCCAAAGAGGAUUCAAAGGAAACCUUGGAGUCAGGAGGAGUGUCUUCAGCUAAAACUGACCAAGAAACUCGUAGAAGUUUGGUUUAUUAUAAUGAUGAUGUUGAGAUGCAAUUGAGUUCUCCUGAUAAAACCGGAUCUAUACCAGACAAUAAAGUGAAUACAGUUGGGAAAGAUCCAUUCACUGGAGACUCUAUUCCCUUAUCAGCAAUCACAGAAAAUAAAACCAACACUGCAGAGUCUAGUUUUGAUAUUAUUGAAAACUAUAGCAUAUUCGAUGGAACUCCGUUCAAGAAACUCCUUGAUACCCCAUCACCGUGGAAAUCACCUUUACUCUUUGGUUCUUUCUUGCAAAGCCCAAAUUUGCCUCCAGAAAUUACAUUCGAGGAUAUUGGAUGCUUUAUGAGUCCUGGAGAGAGAGGUUAUGAUGCCAUAGGACUGAUGAAGCACUUGAGUGAACACACAGCUACAGCAUAUGCAGAUGCUUUGGAAGUCUUGGGUAAUGACACACCUGAAACAAUACUCAAGAAGAGACAGCUGAACAAUUCUAUUCAAGGGAAAGAAAACCAGCACUGGCCUCAAGGUCAACUUGAAAACCGAUCCCAGGUGGAGGGUCGCGCCUUGGACUUCAGUAAUUGUGGGACACCGGUGAAACCAAAUGUAUCCUCUGCUUCUCCAGGAGGCUACUCGAGCCCAUCAUCUUACCUUCUCAAGAGUUGCAGGUAGAAAACAAAAAUGCCUUUGUUCAUAGACCUCUAAAGGGAUAAUUCAUUCUCCGCCUUCAAUUUUUUUUCAUCAUCAUCCCAUAUUUGUAUGUCUUAUAUUCAUAUCUCCUCUCUGUCUAAUUUUCUUGUGUCUAAUUGUUUUUCUUGUAAUGUGUAGAUCUUUCAACUCUGGACAUGAUACAAUUUGAUUAAAUAGCCAAAAAGUUAUUUGUUCUCUCAAUAAAAAGUUAAUUCGUAUAA